GUUAUAGAUUUCACUCCAGCUUGUCUACAACUGAAAAAUAGUAAGAUUUUUAACCCAUUUAUCUCUUGCAUUUUCACAAAUGAUCAAGUAAAUGAGCCUCCGAUUCGACUCCUGAGUCUCCCAAGACCUCUACUAGUAAGUCUAACCUUUGGUGAAUGGUUUUGAAAAGCACAUGAAGUGUUGUCAAUGGCAUCAUCCGCUACUAUUCCACCAGAGCAUAAUCAGUGGUCGCCAUCUGAUACUGUGGCACAAGGGAUUGCACAGGAAUAUUCAAGUCAGUGGCACAUAUUAGAGCAACUGAAGUCGAGUGUAGCUGUUGUAGAUCCCUUGGCUGAUACAAGCAAAACGUCAAGAGAAUCUGUUAGUCCAGGAAAUAUUUCUGAUCAAGAUCAAGAACCUACUGCUAAAAGCAAAGAAGUCGAGACAGGAGACACCGAGAAGACAGAAAAAGAAUGGUUCAUACUACCAGACGCUCUAUCCAGUGGCCAUACAUCAGAUGCAGGCAGUGAUUCAGCCUUGGAAAUCAGUGAUUUGAGAAAUGAGCCAAGUUAUUCUCAAAGCAGUAACAGGACUACACCAAGCUCUUCUACCAAAACAAAGGAACUAAGCAUGGAGAAAAAGAAUGAGAAUGACCCUUAUCAAGAGCAGUGGCAUGUACUGGAGGAGCUCAAAGCCAGCGUCAAAGCCAUGCAAUGGAGCUCAAAUGCCUCUGAAUCAUCCUUUGACGUCUCUCACCAAAGCAUGCCAUCAAGAAACAGCUCCAAGAAAGAGGAUUUUGCAGAGCCUCCCAAGAGAGCACCUGUUGCCAAUAGCAACCUGGUCAGUGGGUCAGUAAGCAGCUUUGGAAAUACAGAUGAUGAGAGUAGUUUUCGGAGUGGGGUGUCGUCGAAAGCAGCUGGGUCAUACAUAAAUAAUUCAGUUGGUACUACCUCACUUCCUGUACAGCUAACGCAAACCUCGGGCUACCAAGACCAACAAUCCAGAUCUGCCCCAUCAAGUUUUUACCAAGGAACAGCCAUUACAAGUGAUGCCCACCAGGCCCAAAAUACUUCCUCUGAUUUGAGCCUGGAGAGUGAAAAUCUCGGCUUUGCUGAUCUUCCUAAUCGACCUGCAACUAUUGGCAACUACGGUGCAAGUGAUCUAGCCAAUACUUCGCCGUUUGGGACGACUGGGAUACCUCUACAAGCUAUGAACAUCCAAGUGAACACGUCUCAAAAUAUCAUCAGCGUGCCUUCGACUUUUAGUGGAAGUGGUGGUGAUGUUGCAUUGAUGUCUGAAGGUAGUGACACCUUGCUGUCUAAAGGGCCUAUGUCAGCCAGGGAGAGACUACAACCUGAUGGACGAGAUGGCCCUGAUGUUCUUGCAGCUCCCAAGACAGUACAACUUGUUCCUAGUCUUGUUAGCUAUCCUCUAAGUGCUGGGUCAUCAUCCACUGAUAACGCACAAGGAACAGUUCUUCAGCCUUCACAGGGAAACAGCGACCUUGACAUCGCAAAAUCCAGUAAUUUAAGCCAAGUUGGUCAGCUCUUGGUAGGUGAUGCAGCACAAAGUUCGCCCUAUUCGACGUCUCAGUUAUCAGGCUCUACCCCUGUAAUAUCCGGGGCCCUAGGAAUGAGUCUCCAUAGCAACACCUCUGUUGGGGUACCUCUAAGCAACGCCGUGGACAAUUCUAGUGUUGGGAUCGGCCCUCAGUUGACAACUGGGUUGGGGACCGAAGACUCUAACCAACCUGGAUCAAAAGGAAGUGUCAACUCGAGUCUGCAAUCGAGCUUUUCACCAGAUCAAAAUAAGGGUUCACAUCCCUCCUCGUCACCAAGGCAACAUGGUUCAAGUCUGACUGAAGUUCAGUCUUCUAUGUCACAUACUAAUAGUGCUACUAAUAUUACCAAUACCAGCUGGUUGUCUGGAGGAGUUAGCCCAACAUCUCAAGUACUUAUUGACCUACCAACGGGACCAACGAACCAAGGCAUGGGUAGUUUUGCUCAGAACGAAAUUCGUGAUGCUGUGAUGCAGAGAAUCGAAGCUCACACCCAAAUAACAGAUUUCGGGAGUAAAGUCGUUCCAAAGGAGCCAACGGAGUCAUCUUUUUCCUGGUCAAAGCCAACAGGUAUUAGUGGAGCAUAUGGUACCUUAGAUUCUCGUUUUGUCGGCAAUGGCCAGGUAGCACCAUUAAGUUCUAUACCUGCUAUCCCUGCGCGUUCUUACCAUAGUUUACCAGAUACUUCCCAAGGUUCUAUCCCGAAAACAACUCAAUCUAUCACUACGUCAUUUGAUCCCACGGUACAUGGAGACAGACAGACAAGUUCCAAUCGCCACACCAUGUACCCAAGUCAAGUGGACAGACAGACAACUCAUAAUGAGCUACCAGGGUCUUAUGAUUCGUAUAGCUUAACAACUACACAAAGUUUUCCUUCGUCAACUCUUACAGGGAAAUCGGCUGGCUACGUUUAUAGAACAGCAGCAACACAAAGUUCUGCUCAAAAUAUCCCUUCUCGGUCUUCUCUAUUAGAAGAUCCAGGACGCUCAAGGAUUCAGAAAGAUAUCUUCUCUCGACCAUCAGCGGUAGACAAUAUAAGAAGUGGCCUUCUGAACAGUGAAGACGACGAACAGAGUCCUGUCUCUAAGCUACUUGGACCAAAGUUCAAGGCAACACAGGAUUACCUCAAUAAGCUCAGAAAUGAAAAACUUCAAGAAAGUAGCUUUAGAAGCACUGGUUCAUCAGACAGUGAAUCUCGAGUUCCCUUGGCAAAUCUUAUAGAAAAGCCAUUUGACAACGGCUUCAGGCAGCGAGAAUCGUCCAAAGAGAUUUCUCACAAAUUGUCUACAAGUUCUUUGUCUGAUAAUAGUUAUGAAAGAAAGUUGGAGUCCAAGCAAGCGUGGUCAGUUGAUACGAGUGAUGCAUCAGAAUCUCGUAGCGACAGAAUGGGAAAAGAAAAAGAUCAAWGCGUUAAACAACAUUACCAUUCUUUUGAUCAUCAAACCAUGAGCAAAACAAAAGAUACUUCUGGGAAUAUCUAUACUCGAGAUGUUCACUCAGCAUCCCUUUCUCCUUACGAUAAAACUACACCAAGUACUGCUUCAACUGAUCAAAAAUCUGCUAAAGAUUCAUACUUGAAAUAUUCCCAAGAUUCUUUUCCUACGAGUAAGAACGAGUGUUUACAUGAGAUCCAAGAGAGUUUGUCCCGGUACGAGACUCCUUUGAGUAGCUUACAACCUGAUGAAAAAGCGUGGGCCCAAGAUGUUGGCCAUAAUGUAAAUAAAAGAACACUGUACUCAACGGAAUCUAACAGUUUAAUGUCUUCAUACGACGAAGCUGAAGACACUGAUGAUUUGUUAAGCUAUGAGGCUGUUUUACAAGGAGAUAUCAGGUAUAUUAGACGACUUAAAGAUGGUAAGCAAGAAAGGAAAUCACAAGAAACGUCCAGCAAAGGGCACUUCCAUUCAAGUAGCAUCAACAGCAAAUCAAGUCUGACACCAGAAACAACACCAGGACAGUUAACUGGAGAUCUCUCUUCCAUUAAUGGCAGUGUAGAGUGCGAUCCAUUGACACGGAUUCCAGUCUCUGUGGGUUCCAGCGGUUCAGAAUUUCCAAGUAUCGAGGAAGAGACCAAGCGGUUUCACUUGUCACUUGGUGCAGGUAUUGUGAGUCCAGUUAUAGAGAGUGAAAAUGAGAAUUACCAAAGAACCCCAGAAGAAACUUCGGACGUUGGUCCACGGGAUGACGACGAUGAUGCUCAGCUAUCCUCUGAUGUAAUCGAAAUUGAAGAUAUCGAAGAACAAGAAGGACGAAAAGAAGUUCUCCACCCAAGUGAAAGAGAAAGUCUUACAACUGAAUCAUCAUCAUCCAGUACAUAUCAACCUUACAUUCCAAUCGCGCUCCGACAGCCUGCAUCUACCGAACGAGAUUCAGAAGUAACAGGAAACUCAUCUUUGACUUAUGGAGUGUAUGACAUAAGAAAUUCUUCUGGUCCAGGAAGUACAAACAGGAGAAGAAAGGCCAUGGGACUGACACCAAUUCCAGGAAGAGUGCCCAAACUAAUGAAUGGUAUAGUGUAUGUAUCACCUGAGUCUUCGCCCUUGCAAAGCAGCAUGCAAGAGGAUUUGAGUACGGAUGAAAAAUCAUCCAAAGACGACACUUUGACCAGUCAGUCGAGGAUUAAAUCAAAGAGUGACGUACGAGAAAAGCAUUCGACUUCUCACCGAUACAGCUCCCAGGGGGGACGUCCAACAGGCUCGCGAGACAGAAGCAGCAGCUGGCAUUCUGCAGAAGAUCAUGAAUCGCGCAAGAAGAAGCCCUCUAGAGACAAUGACGAAAGCUCUCGAACCCGCAGUAGAGCAAGUAGUUUUGAAGAAGCUAAAGUCAUCGAUGACUACAUUGGAGGUCGUAAACUUGUUCAACAUGGAAAAUCUCGUAAUGCUAAAAGUAGACCUAAAGAUGGCACGCAUUCAGACGAAAGUCCUUCACUAAAGGAAUACUCCACUUCAACGAAAAAUGCAGAUCUUAAUCAAAUGUGGGAACGCUUUCAAGAAAGUCUUCGUUCAAGUCCUCGAUACAACAGAACAGACAGCGUGUCUUCCCACUUGAGCAGGCUUUCCGCAUUGCUGUCCAAGCCACUGGACACGGCAACCACAAGCUCUGAAACUGAAUUCGACGGGAAACGUUUUAGAAAGCCGCGCUCACACUCGUAUGGUAGCUCAUCUAGUAAAGUAUCUACCGAAUCAGAUCAGCUGUACAAUGAAUGGGUCAAAAGUUCUUCUCUUUCACGGCAGAUUAAACUUCGGAAAUUACUUGAAACUGUCAAUGUUGGCGAUGUUCCGACAUUUCCGCGUCUACGACACAGGGAUACCACAACAACUACUACUACUACGAGUAGUACGCCGAGUGACACUUCGUUUUCCGAGGCACCAGAAAGUAGAAAUGCCUCUCUUGUUACUUUACCACGUUCGAAUCGAGGAUUUAGGAAAGUCUCUAAGACUCCGGUCCUUGUGCCCUCGAGUCAAUCCAGGCGCCCAGCAGAACACGACCCCUCACGACCAAUAUGCAUUUGUGCUAUUCAUAAAGAGAAACCUGCUGAACCGGCUAGAGUUGGUCCUGUUAACGAUAAACAACUACAUAGGCCGCGAACAUUAGAUGCGGCUGUCAAUGUACCUUCACCGAAGACGCCUAGACGAGUGCGCAAGAAGGAAGGGUUAGUUGAUGUUGGGGUGCAGACGGCAAGGGAUAGUGAUGAAGAACUUAAUAGACAAAAUAUUCGUAUCAAAGGUAAAAGCAGAAAGCAUCUGAAAGAUGAAAAUAAACUCGAAAGGGUGGAUUCUGAAAAGGCAACAGCUAUCGGUGCAUCAACGCCAAAGCGGAAAGAGCGCUAUUUGGCAAGCCAGAACUCUCAAAACCAAAAACGUGUUAGCAGUGUCGAUUCAAGCCUUAGGUCCCCUGAAGGCUUACAAGAUACGACCCAAGAGGAUUCGCGUCUGGAAAACACGAGUAAAAAAGAAAAAUCUAGAAGCAGGCAACACAGAGGUCGUCUUCUUGCAAGUCAGAAUUCCCCAGUUGCCAAAAUGAAUUCCGAAUCUCAACAUUCCCCAUCGGGGCCUACCUGGUUUUACCCAAUGACUAAUCGUCACUACAGCCAUCCCGCACGAUCUACUAGUGUAGCGAACAAAUACAGUAAACCCAAUCUACAGACUAGUGUGGUCAAACCAGAUAGACUUCGAUCUGAAGAACAAACAACAAAAGCAUUCAGCCCUCCAGCUGCUGCUCCAUCAACGUCUAUACAAAAGCUUAGCCUUCAAGAAGCCUUCUGCUUUGCCAAGCCUGAUUUUAUCAAACGAUCUCGAGCGCGUUUGACGAGGAUCGAACACAAUAGAACAGUACGCGAGUCCGGCGAGACCAAGACUAAAGGACAAGAACGUGUUUCGAAGAUGGAAAUCCUUGCUGUAAGUAAGCCUUCUGUGAGCAAGCCACUUGUCAACCCCAAAACAGAGAAACUUUAUCGUCCAAAACCGAGACAAAUGAGCAAAAAAGAAAUCAAAGAGAUGAAUCUAAGACUCUAUAAUAACCUACCAGAAGUGAAGGCGCAGAAAGCCGAUGAUCGCCGCAAUGCCUUCUACAAGACAAAUCGAUUGAGAGCCAAGCUAUAUGAUAAGCGUGUUCGAGAAAACUUGAAGAAAAGAUAUGCAGCCUAACAAGAACAGCAUGACGUUUUGCUCGAACCCUUACCGUUACGUCCUCCUUGGCCAGUCACUCCAACGUGACGUUCUAAUUGUAACCUCUUGCGUGACGUUCAUCAAUACCUCUUCAGACAACACUAUACUUUUCUUUUACCAUCAGAAGCUCGUGCAGAUAAAGUAUGAAAAGAGUUACGACAAAAUUCUGUUUGUUUUUCUAUUUCUUAUCUAGAUGUUUCUAUAUGGAAGCAUAAGCGAAGCUCUUUUUACUCCUCUUGCAAUUUUUACUCACUUCAUAGAAAACUCUCUUCGUGCUUCCAACAAACGACAUUUUGUCUGUCUUCUUAGCUUGUCUGUCGAAUAUUGUGAACGAAAAUACUUCUACAUACGCGGUCUUGAACUUCUUAAAUAUUUAACUUAUUUAUCAUAUCUAUCUACCCAUUACGCUUGAAAACGUACUCAAUAAUGUGAAUAUUUUAUGAUUUAUAAAAAAGGGAACUAGCCGGAUUGAAAUCAUUUGUCGAUUUUUUGUUUUUAUCUGAUGUCAUAGCCGCAUUGUUGACAAGAAUUUGAACAGAAGAUUUUUUGAUGAUAUCUUAAGUAAUUAUCUUAAGUAAUAAAUCAAAUAUGGAUGCUUCGUUUUUCGAUUUUCUUUUUUGUUUUGUUUGCUUUUUGUUUUGUUUUCCCGCUAUUUUGAGAGUUAUUGCAAACCUGGUUUCCAAAACGGGGUUUUGCCUCGUUUUUGUUUUGUUUUGUUUUGUUUUGUU